AAGUUUCAGCUGCUGCCAGCCACAGCCAGCUCCUGCGGAUAGCUUCCUCCAGGUGCAGAGGGCGUUCAAGGCUUAGCUACUGUGGUUAGUACCUUCUCUCCGGCCUGGUCAAGAAAGGGAAAGGAAGGAUGUCUGCGUUGGGGGCUGCGGCUCCAUACUUACACCAUCCAACUGACAGUCACAGCGGCCGGGUCAGUUUCCUGGGUUCCCAGCCCUCUGCAGAAGUGACGGCAGUGGCCCAGCUCUUGAAGGACUUAGACAGGAGCACCUUCAGAAAGUUGUUGAAACUCGUAGUCGGGGCCCUCCAUGGGAAAGACUGCAGAGAGGCCGUGCAGCACCUUGGUGCCAGCGCCAACCUGUCAGAGGAGCGUCUGGCCGUCCUGCUGGCGGGCACACACACCCUGCUCCAGCAGGCUCUCCGGCUGCCCCCUGCCAGUCUGAAACCAGAUGCCUUCCAGGACGAACUCCAGGAACUUGGCAUUCCCCAAGAUAUGAUUGGAGAUCUGGCCAGUUUGGCAUUUGGGAGUCAACGCCCUCUUCUCGACUCUGUAGCCCAGCAGCAGGGAUCCUCGCUGCCUCGUGUGUCGAAUUUCCGGUGGCGGGUGGAUGUGGCCAUCUCAACCAGUGCUCAGUCCCGCUCCCUGCAACCGAGUGUUCUCAUGCAGCUGAAGCUCACAGAUGGAUCGGCACACCGCUUCGAGGUGCCCAUAGCCAAAUUCCAGGAGCUGCGCUACAGCGUGGCGUUGGUCCUUAAGGAGAUGGCAGAGCUGGAGAGAAAGUGUGAGCGCAAACUGCAGGACUGAACCCUGGUACUGUGGGGUGCUGAAGCUGGUACCAGAACCCAGCCGCACUGGUGAUGAGGAUGUAAGAACAUAUUUUAAGUGAAAAGACAGCUGGGACUUUUGGGUUUUGUUUUACAAGUAAACAGCUGGGCUGAGGCUGGAGAAUGUGAAAUGUAAGGCCGGCCUGGCUGGGUUUUACGUAGUGAGGCUCAGUUUCGAAUUAAAGAGGUAAAGCAACUAUUAAAAACAUGUUAUUCUAUUAGGGAAUUAAACCUACCUGUCCCUUCCCCAGCUGUGCUCCUGGAUGAGACGAUGUGCAGAGCUAAGUCCAGAUGAAGAUCUCUUACAACAUACAACAUGGUUGCUCAGCAUGGCUGAACUCUGCCCAUUUGCUUUCCUAAGUCCUGUGCUUUGCUGCGGACGUGUUUAUUCUUUUGCCCUAAAUUCCUGCUUUCCUGAAGCUGACAUCCUAGUGGAAAGAUCAGAGGGGGUGGGGGGAAGACAUUACAAAUACUAAAUAUGCAUUAAAUAAUGUUUGGUAUAUAUAACAUUAAAUACAUAUUUUAAAUAUUAAGACAUGAGAACAGGGCCGGAGGAUUGAUUGAGCAGUGAAGAGCACUUGCCCUUGCAAAGAGGACUUGGGUUCAAGUCCCAGCAUUCACGUGGUGGCUCACAACCUUCUGUAACUUCAGUUGUGGGGGAAGGGCAGGGGGGACCCAACACCAAGACAUCCAACACAGGCACAUAUGUGGUACUCAAACAUACAUGCAAGCAAACUACUCAUACUCAGAAAGUUGUAAAUCUAAAACAAACAAUAAAACUAUGAGUACAGCUUGUGACAAUUGAAUAGAGCCAGGUCAGAUGAGGAGAAGGUUGGUCACAGGAGUACUCUGCAGACGGAUCAAGUGGUGUGUCGGCUGCUAGUGAAGCCAUGCAGCGUUAGUGGAUUAAAACCUUUGAAUGUG